AUGAAGCAGAUUAUAUAUUUCUUUUGUAUACUGCCAGUCUUUAUUAAUGCUCAAACAAUCACGGAUGUUCAGCGACUUUACAAAGAUUUGUUAUCGAAUUAUACAAAAGAAGUUAUGCCUACGCCUUGUACAGAGACGUUGGACAUACAAAUUGGAAUUUUUAUUAUAUCUAUCAACUAUUUCAGGGAAGUAGAAGAAAGCCUAUCAUUAACCGGAAGCUUUAUUCUCCGUUGGCAUGACCCACGCCUGAAGUGGAAUCCAUCAUCAUAUAGUAAUAUGAGUAUGUUAAUAAUUGAUCCAAUAAAUAUAUGGUUGCCCCCGUUAGUGAUCAUUAAUCGAGUUGAUAAAUUUGAAUCUAUUGGUGAUGGUAAAAAAUUCUAUUUAACUGUAGAUAGUAGUGGAUUUGUUGGCCAUUCUCCUGGGGACGUAUUGGAUGUCAAAUGCAUCACAGAUAUAUCUAAAUUUCCAUUCGAUAGACAGACAUGCACACUUCGUUUGAUCCCAUAUGGAAUACAAAUGCCUUAUAUUUUAUUAAAGCACCUAUUCAAAGACGAGCAAUGUCAAUUUGACUACUAUACUCCGAAUUCAGAUUGGACCUUGGAAAAGUGCACCCAAAUAAUAGACAAUUCUAUCGAUCAUAGCAAUCUUUACGUCAUAGUUCAAAUCAAACGCCAACCGCUUUAUUAUACCAUAAUGGUAGUGUUUCCAACAUUUCUGUUUGGAUUUUUGAAUCCAUUAGUGUUCAUAGUUCCAGUUGAAACAGGGGAACGUAUAGGCCUUGCCAUCACACUGUUGUUGUCUUAUGCUAUUUUUCUAACUCUUGCGUCUGCCUCCGUACCCGCUACCUCGAAUCCGAUGUGCGCUUUACUUAUUGUUAUGGUUAUCAUUAUCACUGUGAGUGGAAUUAUUCUGUACGGUACAACUAUAACUAUCAAAUACCAUUAUAAAAAGAAAACUGAUUAUAUUUGGUCACCACUGAAAGGUUUAGUAAGAUGGACAUCGAACUGUCAGUGCUGCUGUGUUAAAACAGCAGAAUCCGCGGUUAAUGUACCAGUUACCAAGGACGAGGUAGUGUAUGCAUUGGAUUCAUUGUUCUUUUAUGGAUCAUAUGUUUUGAUGAUACUGAUUGGAUUUGGAUAUUUCUUAUAUGUAUUAAUCUGA